AUGUUCAUAUAAUCCAGACGGCAGCGGUGUAAGUGCAGAAGUGUGGAUCCUGUUUGGAUCUACAUGCAUUUGCGAUGGCGGUGUUGUCGAGACUUGGAUUUGCUAUACUGUUUUGGAUUAUAUUUGUUUUAUCGUGCCAUAGGAUUUUAAGUAAACAAGUUAAAAUAUAUGACUCCUGGGACCAUGCAGGAUUAAAUUGGAUGAUCUACCCAAAAACAAAUUCAAGUCAGCAGUGGGUUGAGACUGGAGCAAGUUAUGAAAGACGAUACCAAGUUUGUGCAAUACUCAGUCGUACCGGUAGUCAAAACUUUUGGCUUCGCACACCAUACCUGCAUCGCUCAGGUGCUAAUCGGAUUCAUGUGGAGAUAGAAUUCACAAUGUCAUCAUGCGAAGGCAGAAAUGAUGGACUUGUGUUAUCGUGCAGAGAAACAUUUGAUUUAUAUUACAUAGAAGCUAAUGCAGAUUACGCCACUGAAACAACACCCUCAUGGAAUUCUCCUCCGUAUACUAAGAUCCGCAGAAUUGCUGCAGAUGGGCGUUUUUCAAUGCAGAAUGAUGUACGAAAUACAGUCGAUGAAGUAUUUGGACCUGUUUCACAAAAUGGAUUCUAUCUUGCAUUUCAAGAUCAGGGUGCUUGUAUGGCAAUUUUACGUGUACGCGUCUACUACAUCAAGUGUCCGUCAGUUAUUGCAGGACUUGCAAGAUUCCCUGAAACAAUCACAGGGUCAGAAGUUACAUCUUUGGUGAGUGUUACCGGGACGUGUUUAGAAAACACUGAGCGAAUCGGCUCCCAUGAUCCUACUUAUCAAUGCCAAAGCGACGGUAUGUGGAUUUUGUUACGGGGAAGCUGUGGAUGCAAGGCAGGAUUCGAACUUCAGGAAAACACCUGCUCAGGUAAGUUUUUUUUGUUUCUCAUUUUUUAACUUUUUAUCUAACUCAUUUUUAAGUGAUAUCAGAAUGAUAAACCUUUGACCUGUCUAUAUACCUCAGCUACGUAGGACAACAUUUUCCAAUGAUAAUCGGUUUGAUCUUCAACAUUUUACAAGAUUAUUAGUUUGAUUGAUAUUCAAAAAUCUUGUAAACCUUUGAUUUUGUUUGUAAAAUAAGUUUAUAGGUAAACAAUAAAGAAUAAAAAUAAACUGAGUGAGCAAAUGAAGAAUAAGGAAACAACAUGCACAUGAGAUAGAAAAUUGAUUGGAUAAGUGAUUAAAUGAAUAAACUUUACGAAGAAUAAUCUUCAGAAGAUGGAUGUAUAGUGGAACAAAUGCAUCAAUAAGCAGGUCACGGCUGAGUGCAUAAAUUAUUUACGCCAACAAGUUUGACGUACGAAUAACUAACAAAACCUUUCAAAUGAAUUUGCUGAAAUGUACCGAGAUUCUGCUAUAGGCUGUACAUGAAACCGUUGAUUUUAUCUUUAUGUUUCUACAACAUUCAUUCUAAUUGGACGAUAUAUUCAAUAGCAUACCGCAGUGAGAUGUCAUUUGAAAAGUAUCAACGUCGCGCCUCUGGUCAUGUCGUUUUGCAGGCCGCACAAGGUCUGUUUAAGUGGCGCCAGAUACUGACGACACAUGUACUCUGGGCAUUGGGACUAAAAUAGGCCACAAACUUAACAUUUCAGUGUCUAGGAAUCGAUGGUUACUUGAGAUGUUAUCUCGCUAUAAAAAUGAAUGCUAUUAAUUUACCCACUUAUAAUUCCAUCUCUUACCUGACUGUCUUUAAUAACAUCCUCGCAUUAUAAAUCUUCAUCCUCCAUCUAUAUAACUACCUUGUUAUAAAUUGUUAUUUUUUUGCACUAUAUCUAAACUGAAUGCUGAAGUUUUCAAAUUAGGUUUAUCCAUUCUAUCUAGGCCAGUUAUUUUAUCUGAAAAUUAUAUUAGCAGAUAGUGAAUCUAAUACGUACAAUAGAACCAUAGUAGGCCUAUUAUUGAAAGUAAUGAACUGCUUUGAAGCACUGUGUAGGUUGUUGCCCUAAAAAUACUGUGCUCCAUUUGCCUUGGCUCUGAGCAAACUCGGCAAUACACUUUGUUUUUCCUAACCCAGUUCACUAAUAGUGUAUGCAACUAGUAAAGCUGAUGUUUAAUGAUAGAAACAAGGGCAUUAGUUGUGACCUAUAUAAAGCCAUGUGCUUAUAUCCAGAGUAUUAGUGGUGGAGCGCUUGGUAAUGGUCUGUUUACUUGUUGAUCUUGUUAAGUGGCUUAAUCUUCCAUUGGACAUUAAUUAUUAAUGGUUAUUAAUUAAGUAGUAGCUAAAGCUUUACAAGAAUAAAUUUGAACAUUGAAAUACAACAUCAAAAUUUCUUGCUUUGUAUAUUUAGAUGUUUCUGUAAUAACUUUCAAACAAAAAAUUAAGAAAAUAUUUUCUGUGAUAAUAAAUAACACUAUAAAAAAUAAUUUGAAAUAACAUCAACAAUACUUCUUAAAAUAAACCUACUAUAAAUUGGAUAUUAAGCAAUUCAUGAUGUUUUUACUAAUACCAAAAAUAUUGGCACUUUUGUCACAAUAAAUUAUAUAUAGUCAAUAAGAUUUCAUAAGCCUAAUAAGAAGCAUUGAAUAAAAACUUAGCACUUUAUUGAAUUCUGAACUAUCUGCCCAACUGAACUGUUAACCAGUCCACAGAAUAGAACUACUGUAGUUAACAGAAUUGUUAACUGUGGUUGUGACUGCACGUGAAAGUGCUAUUUCAUUAUGUACAGUAUCAGCCAUCAAUAAAGCCUGUAACCAGCUUGUGUAAUGGGAGAAUCAAUUUUUAAUCCAAAUGGAACUCAAUUUUAAUACAAGAGGGGAUAAAUAUAUCUUGUUACUGUUUCUGGAAAUGUAUCUGUUUGAAUGUGUUUUAUUUUUAGGGAUCAUUUUGUGAAUGAGGAUUGGGGGAGGGGAAUUUCUCCCUCUGAACUCCCGCUGGUUCAGCUACUGUGUUAGAGCAGAACUAUAUUCCAUGGGAGAUUGUGUGAUUCUUGGUUUCCUGGUUACAAGCAUGAUAUUUAUGGUAUAAAUGGAUAUUAUUCACAUGAAUAAUUAAUUUGUAUAAUUUAAUCCCUUAAUUAACUUAAUCAUGCAUUGUAAUUCCUUUAAAUCAGUAGUUAAUUAUUUAUGAAGUGAUACCACAACAGUAUCGUUUACAGAAAUCACUGAACUUUGCCAGCUAAGCAAAUAUCAACACAAAGACACAUUGCGAUACUGUACAUGCUGAGGUAUUGGUACCUCACUCACAAGUAAGAGAGUUUGAUUUGUUAUGUCUGUAAACAGAUAAUUAGGGAUUAGCAAGGCAAGAUGAGUGUAUCAUCAUAUAAUGUUGCCACUUCACAGGAAAUGUUACCUUCUCAGGAAAAAAAUAUGAACAGAUGUAAGAUACUUAUCUGACUGUUUGUUAUUUCCGACCCAACGACUUUACUAAUCGCUUUGUUGUUGUGCUCAUGUUUAAAAAAAAAUCACCAUUUCAUUCGGUGAUUAAUUGUGUGAAGUUGUAUGGUAGAUGUUUCCCAGUUUUCCAUAAUUUGUUCGGCUGAAAUGUGCAGGCACUCAUUCCAAAUGGAGUAUAGUAAUUGUUUGAACUGAUUACCACUAGCCUUGUGAAGCUUUUAUCUAUUGUACUAUAGUUCCACUACGAUAUUACAAUUAAUAUAUUUUUAUUUGCUACAUUUUUAUAUCACAUCUAUUUUUAUCCUUUAGUGCUAAAUUUGGACAGUUAUAUCAAUGUUGAAUUUGUGGGAUGGGGCCUACUUACAUUGCAUGACCGCAAAAUUUAAUAUAGCAGAAAAUCUUGUAAUGUACACAUGUGCAAACAUUGUGAUAUUUUGAGAACGAUCUUUGUUUCUGUUGCACAUGACGCUACAUUAAAGACAAAUAAGCAUUGGCAUGUCUGCAGGGUAUAUUACACUAACUUCCAAUAAUAGUUCUUUACUCGACUACCGGUAAUGAAACUUGUGAAUCUAGAUCAGAAAUUGUUGGCCAAACUCUUCCACAUGAUGCAUGCAUUAUGCGUGCAUUAUGCACAUUUCGUGUGUAAAUUGCACGUGGCAUAAAGUUACUCAAAAAUAUGAAUAGUUCAUUAAUAACCUAGCCAGCUCACAGACCUAGUCUUCCAGAUACUCCCUGCUAGUCUUUUUCACGUUAUGUAUGAUGUGCACGUAGAUAUUUAGAUCUAUAGGGAAGAAACAUUUGAAAGAGAUAGCCAUGAGUCAUGUUAUGACGUGUACCAUAGAUCUUCAUUGGUAUUUAUAUUAAUGGGCUGAUUUAUAUUCACACCCAAUCAGGGGGCAACUGUAUUUUUCAUCCAAGUGAUAGUUAAAAUGACCAAUUAUCAAUUAUCUCAUCCGAUCUAGCAUUUAUAAAUCUAUUCAUGAUGAACUGAAAAUUAGUUGAGGAAAGGUAAUCGAACAGAUCCAUCAAUAGUGGCAGGUACAAAUAACUAAAGUACUCCCUGGUUUUGUACUUACAAAACUUCAAUUUUUUAAAUACUAAAAUGGUGAUAACAUGUACAGACAUGUUGACAAAGAUGCUCUUCCGAUGCCAGUAUAAAUGUUCACUUCCAUAUUUCCUACAGUAGUUACUUUAAAGCUAUUAUCCAUUUACUUUUAUUUUAUCUUGUUCCUUUUUAAGAAUUAAAAUUAUAUAGAAGGAAUUAUGCAAAAUUCUUUAUUACGAUAAAUUUGUUUAAUCCUAAUGUCGUUGACUUCUUUCUAGUCAUUCCAUUCAUAGGAUACAAGCAUCUCAUCUAAAGAUGUCACUGCAUGGUGUGAGAUAAUCUAAACCUUAAAUUAGAUUUACAUGGAACGUGCCUUGUACAUACUCUACUUGUUCCACUUACCCCUGCCACCUCAAGUUGGCUGGCAAAUUAGCCUCUUAGGAGCUGUGUUUUGCUUGUCACAACACCAGGUGGGGUAUUCUAUGGAGUAUCCUCGGGUUAAUGAAUACCUUGAGCGUGAUAGAUCUGUUAUUAUAUCUCCGAUAUAUGAUAUAGGUAUCAAAAUAUUUUUCAUAUUGAUGAAGCUGGUUGAAUGCUUUGAUAGUUUGUUGCCAUCUAAACAGUUGUUUAAGAUGUUGAGAUAAGAUGAAUAGAAGAUUGAAUUGAAAAUUCAUAAUCAGUUGUGGUUAAGUGGUUCAUUGCCCAGCUUAGAACAUUCAGGGUUCCUGGUUCAAUUCCUGCCAAACUUCUAGAUUAUUUUUAUCAUGACGAGAUAAUUAAUUAAUGACACUCAAUCAAGAAUUUUUUAUAAUAAAAAAUUACUUUGUAAAACUUAGUAAAGCUAAAAGAUGAGAAUUUUGAUAAUUAACACAUUGAAUGAAAUUUUGUUUAGAAAUUAUAACUCUCUGUGUUACAGUAUUACCAAUGACAUAAGUAUGUAAAAAAUUCCAACAAGUAUAGAGAAAGGGUAUUAUCUUAAUGGAAAUUAAAAACUUAAGAUAUAAAGGAACGGUUGUAGUUUUAUUCGGCAAUGGAUUUUAAUAUGGUAUCUCUUACUUCAUUGAGCCAAUUAACACAUUUUCUAUAUCUAUAUCAAAUUCAGUUUGCGUCAUGAAUGAAUAAAAGAUUGUAGUACAUUACAGCUAUCUUGAAUUUAAAAAUCUCUUAAACAACAUCAGUCUUGCCUGUCAUAUAUCAGUAAGUAAGUUAAUAGCUUUGAAGCUAAUAUUAAGGAGACAAAAUUAAGUAACUUUACUCACUGCAGACUUAUGGAAGAUGAAGUCGACUUGUACAGUAAUUCUAACUUCUAAUUAAUGGCAUCAUUAUUGGUACACUUUCAUUUUUUUCUCUCAUGAAACUAUCAAAUUAACUAUGGUAUGUUGUGAGUAUGUUACGGAAGUUCUAUCGAUUUGGAAAUGCUGACGACUUGAGACCAAUUCCAGUAUAUUGUGGCUGUACAAACUAGGAGAUAAUUUCCUUUUUAGUACCUUGCAAAAAUCAAUAGACGCUAUGAUUCUUCCCUUGGCUAUUAAUCUUCAAAUCUCGUUUUUCUAACUUGUAAAAUUAAUUCCACAAGAAUGUAUCUAGCGAAAGUUUAAUUUAUCUCAUCUGAAGUAAUUGUCUGCAGUUUAAAACUGUUGCCAGUACGGUGACGAGAGGAAAGAAAUAUUAACGUUUGGAAAACACAGACAGAAAUGCUAAAAACUUCUUGCAAAGAAUUGGCUAUAUUUUAGUAGCUUGUGUCAGUCUUGGCGGGCCUGUCAACUGCCAUGGUAUAAAUCAGUAUAGGUCUCAUUGAUUAAACACAGAUUGAUUCUGGUCAUGUCACGAACAUUAUUGAUAUAAUAAAACUAGGUUGUUUUCAAUGACUUUAUUUUGAUUUAUAUGAAAAAGAAAGAAUAUGAAAAGAUUCUUAUAAAAAUGUAACUAAAAUAACAGAAAAAGUAUAGUAGUAUAAUGUAUAUUCAUAUUUAGGAAUAUGAAGUAACAUGAUGACAAUAUUUUAAUGCUGACCAGAAUUUGAGUGCCAUAUACCAUAAAUUCAGAAAAGAAAGACCAUUCCAGCACAUUAUAAAAGCAUGAGACAGUUAAGAUGGGUCUGCAAUAUCUGGAGUGAACCUGUGGAAAUCAUCUUGCCUUCAGAUCCUAAUUGCACUAAUUAUAUUGGUGUUGAGGUUCAAAGAAGUGUAAACGCCAUCUGAAGAUGAAGGUCGGCAUAUGAUUUUCAAACCUAAAGCGACCUAUUUUUUACAAAUCUUUGAGAAAGAGUUAUAGGUAUGCGAUGGUGGAAUCUCCCACCUCAAAAAACAAUCACUUUAACGUAAAGUUAAUAGUACUAGGUGACUCAAGUAAAAUUAUUUGAAGUUGAAUCAAAGUGGAAAUGAAAUUAUAUCGACUCAGUUGGAGUCAAAGACAUACUCCCAAAUUUGAUCAACUUUGAGAUCAAAAUAUUAAAUAUAUUUUUCUAUAGGCCUACUUUUCGACAAACCUCUUAAUGGUUAAUGCUCUGAAUGGGUUCAAAGACAUUUGAACCUACAGUAUAGCAACUUUAGAUUUUGUUUGGAAAUCAAUUCUUCUGCCAAGUAUGUAAUAAUGGUAUUAUAGAAGGCUGUCCGAGGACAAUGCGUGAAAGGAUUUACAGAAAAAAAAAACAAACCACUAAUUUGAUAUUUUCUGUGCACAAUUCUUCCACAGGAGUGGAUCCAAGGCGGGAGAGGGACAUGGGGACAUGGGGAAAAAAGAAAAAAUAGAAAGAGGAAGAAGGAGAGAACCCUUCCCGUAAAAAAAAAAAAAAAAAAAAAAAAAAUAUAAGAAAAGGGAAGAAAAGAAUAGAAAGGGGAAGAGGAAAAAGAAAAGAAAAUGGUGUAGCACCUCCCACCAUGACACAUAUAACUUCCUAUAGAGGUCGGUGCUUCGCACGAUGCAUGACCUCACCCACAUUUAUCUCUGGAUAAGAGGGCUAACAAUGAUGGCAAUAGAAAAAACUUGACUACCUCAGCUAUCGAUGGAAAGCAAUAAAUAACUAUUAUGUCAUAAAGCUACUUUCCAAAUGGGUCCUUGUACAUUUAUGUUUACAGUCACCUGACAACAAAUAUUAUGUUGUACAGUAUUCAUAGAAUAAAUCACCGGAAGGACACAUAAUUUAACAAGCUUAUUGGAAGAUGAUGGAAAACCUCACUAAAUUGCAUGUUCAAUUUUAUUGCAACCACUAUGGAAGGCCUGAACUGUCUCCACAUCUUCCUUUUAUCUCUCCCUCCCGUCUAAAAUUCUUUCCAAGAAAUAAUACAAUAUACCCAACUCUCCAUCUCAUAAAAAUAAUCAAUAAAAAUAAUAUUUAAAAUGUUUUAUUUUCAUGACCAAAUUAUGUUACAAAUAUGUUAGAUAAUGUUUAAAAAAAUGGAUAUUAGUCAUUGUUAAAAACUAAUUUAUUUCAGUUAUUCUAGGAUUUUAUUGUCAAGACUUCAUAAAAGCCUUUAUUAGCACUGGUCGAUACUUCUGAAGAUAAGUUAAUUAACAAUCAGAGGACAUAGUCAAUAUUAUUAAUGAUAUUUCAAAUAAGACAAUUUCUUCUUACAGUACCUCUAUAGGUAUUAAGAAUAUCUUACUUUUAAAAGCAUAAACAUUUAUGUGAGUUGCUAGCAGUAACCCAUUGAAAAAAAAAAUUAGAAAAAUAAGUGUUGUGUUAUGAUAUAUAAGUACAUAAAAGAAAAAUUCUUUCUUUAUUGUUAUUAUGAUAUAAUUUCAACAAAGUUGUUGGUAUUUUGAGUUGUGAUAAUUAGUUUCUUCAGUUGUGAUAAUUAGAUUCUUCAGGUUUUAUAGAACACUAGAAACAAAUUAGCUGAACACUAAUAACAUUUACAUUCUAGCUACCAUCUGUUGUUUUGAAAGUAGCCCUUCCGGAAGACCACACCAGAAGUUUCUAUUAAUCCUCCCUGCAUGUUAAAAUAUAACAAUCCUGUCUUCUGUUGUAAUUUAGUGGGUAGCCUAAUAUUAUAGCCAACUAAAUGAAUGGUUGGAUGUAUUGUACAUUUAAUUGUCAUCUGAUUUAGUUAUAAGGCCACUUUAAAAACCAUCAGUCUUCUAGUGAUCUAAUUUACACUUGAGAUAACUUUUUCUAAAGAGUUAUUUACUUGGAAAUAUUUAAUCUAAUUACUCCAAUCAGACAACAAUCAAAACGUUAAAAACUUGGUGCCGACAAACGUUUUCUGUUUGAUUUCCUCACAAAAGAAUUAAUGAUUUGUAAUUAAUUUUAAUGUGUGUUAUAUUGAUCAGACAUAAUCGCGAGCAUUUAACGAUAAUAUUUCGCAGUCAGAGAAUUCAUAAAAUACAUUGUUUUCCCCAUAUUUUUGGUAGUACUUAGAUUUUAUAUUUUAAUCUCAUUAUGUCCCCAAUAAAAUCUUAAUACAUUCCUAAAACUUAAAUAAAUUUGACAAAAUUUUACAUUUAUUUGUACGUUAUUAACACAGUUUCAUGUGUUCAUGAAAUAUUUUUUUUCAUUCAUCCAGUGUCUAAUCUAAGUACAAACAUCCUGUGUUUCUACCUUUUCAUUGACUGAUGUGCUUCAGUGUAACACCAUACUUAGGUAUGCCUUCUCUUAGAAUUCAAUGCUUAAACAUAUACAAUUCCGUAAAAACAAACGUUACAGAGGAAGAAAUCAGCGUUUUGUUCAAAAGCACAUGAAUUGAAGCAUUCAUGCGUGAAAUGAUGACUUUGCGACCGGCACUUAGCAGUCUGGCUAACGUUUGUUGAUGUUGUUGUGUGUAGAGGAGUAUGAAUUGUUCAAUUAUUAAUUUACAGCUCGUUAAACCUGCUUCCGGUGUUUAAAGUGAUGGGAGAAGGAAUAUGAUAUGAAAUUAGGAACAUUGAGGGAAUACCAAAGAAAUUUUUUUGGGGGGAAUUAGUUUAGUCUACUUUGGUAGCUGCCAUUCUUUUUAUUGGCUUGCUUUUAUUUGUAUCUCAAACUGAUUUAUGAAGUUCGAAUUGUAGGAGGAUGGAUUGUUGGUAUAAUGUUUGAAAAUGUUGAAUGAGCUCUUUCUGCCUAAAGAUACCUCUCAGCACUGUCUCCUCCCUUCAUGUGUUGAACUAAAUGUAACCUGUAUUAGACAAUUAAUUAUAGAAGUACACCUGCACGUUCUUGUAAUGGUAAAUGUAAUGACAUUAGAAUUAUAUUACUCAUUUUUCUUAUAAAUUUAGCUUCAACUUAACUGAUACUCCCAACCACAAUAUUUUAUACAUUGGAAUUAAUUAAAUUAAUUGUGCAAUUCAUGUGUACCCUCUAAAUGUAAAGUACUUGGGUCAAAUCCUUUGACACUUUGUUUUUUUUUCUCACAACUAAAAUCUACUCCAUUUCAUUAAGCCUUUUUUAGAGAUUCAUUCCUGUAAUUGGCCAGAGGACUUUUUUGGAUGUUGAAAAAAUAAAUGUUAUGCUACAAAUGAAGGUAGUUCAAUUAUAUUAACAAAAUGGUAACCAUUCAACAUAAUGCAGUUACUGUAAAAAAAAAA